GCUAUAAAAUGUAAGAUUGGCCGAUGCUUUCGCCAGUAGCGAAUCAAUUAAAACAAUGAUUAACACGUGUUUUGUGAUUGGAGUGGUUAUGGUGGCUUUUGCGAGUCGCGUUUCCGGCCACGGAUUUUGCAAAAGUCCGCCAAGCAGAUCGUCAAUGUGGAACUAUGGCUAUGAUACGCCCAUCAGCUACGAGUACAAUCAGCUCUGGUGCGGAGGAUACCAGCUUCAGAAUGAGGUAUACGAGGGAAAAUGCGGUCCUUGCGGUGACUCUUUUGGUGACGCUCGCCCAAGAGCGAACGAAAACACCGGGAAAUACGGUCUUGGCAUUGUCACCGGGACCUACACUCAAGGUCAAGUACUACCGGCCACGGUUGAUAUCACCGCAAAUCACGGGGGCUGGAUCCAGUUUGCCAUUUGCAAAUUGAACACGACCAAUCAGCUGGAGACUGAGGAGUGCUUCGUUCCGUUGAAGCUGAAAGAUUCGAAUGAAACCAAAUUCAUGCUGUCCAGCACGGACAACAUCGACACCACCGUCCAGCUGCAGUUGCCGCCGCACCUGGUGUGCCAAAGGUGCGUCCUGCAGUGGCACUACCACACAGCCAGCCGCUGGGGGAUUUGCGACGACGGCUCCGUGGGCAACGGGUGCGGACCGCAAGAAACUUUCCGCACGUGCUCUGACAUUUCUAUUGUUCAAAUGAAAUGAGAAAAGUAAAAGAUGGCAUUGGCACUCAAUUUGUGUAUUAAGGUGUACACAUAAAAAUACAAACAUAUUUUCAUUUCAAAUGUUAAGUAUUGACAGUCACGUUAUCAGUUUUUUGCACAGGGGUUUUUCCAGAUUUCACGUUAUUAAAUUUUGGGCAUGUUGAUUGUAUUUUCGUGACAAACAGUGGAUUUUGAAUGGUAAUAAUAACAAAGGAUAUUUGUGUUAUCUAAUAUUUAAAAAGCCUCCUCAUUAUUUAUCAUGACAGCUGUCAACCACGUUGAAUGGACGCGUCAAUCUCGACGUGAUGUUAUUUGAAUCAUGUAACACGAACACGCAUACACAUGUAGCACUAUUUUAAGAUUUCGUUAAUCCGAAUCAACCAUG